AUGGAAUCAGAGGGAGUAUCACGACCGUUGAUCCACGAGCAUGUUAUGGUGCCUUGGAAUGAUCUGAGGAAAGGUGAUUGUUGUGGACGCUUCCAAGGUAUCAGUGAUGGCUACUACUGCAAAACCUGUGACUUCUUUGUUCACAAGAACUGUGGCGACUCCUCUGAAUGUAUCGAGCACCCAUCUCACCCUGCUCACACUCUUAAGCUUCUACUUAAAGUAGUUCGUUCAUGUGAUUUAUGUGGAAGGAACAUCAAAAAUGUAAUAUAUCAUUGUGAGAUAUGUGACUUCGAUGUAGAUCUAUACUGUGCCAAGUACCCACCACCAGAAGUUCUUGAAAUUUCCGAGACGCACCACCACAAACUCACCCUUAUCAAGAAGUCCCCAAAUGAGAGCACGGAGCUGGACAUGUUCGACUGCGCAAAAUGUGGAGAGGUUGCUGGGAAGGUGUGGUGUGGGUUUCCUUACAAAUGUCAUGAAUGUGAUUUAUCUUUCCAUGUGGACUGUGUAUGGAAUCCGCCUGAGGUAAACCCCCUGUCAGAGGUAAACCACUCUUACCAUACUUUACACCCUCUUAAGCUCCACAUAGGUCAACCUCCGGACUAUUCCGAUGGUAAAUGUCGUCUUUGUGCAAGAAAGAUCGAUGAUAGAAUCUUUUAUCAUUGUUCUGCUUGUAACUUCAGCUUGGAUAUGCGUUGUGUUUUAAACACACCACAACAAUCUGUUAUGGAUUUGAAAGUUCACGCUCACCAACUCACCCUUCUCCCAAGACUAGAUUCUUUUACAUGUAAUGCUUGCGGGCUAAAGGGAGAUCGAAGCCCUUAUGUAUGUUUUCAGUGUGGUUUCAUGAUACAUCAAGAGUGUCUUUCCCUUCCACGCGUCAUAAACAUCAAUCGGCAUGAUCACCGUGUUUCUCGCACUUCUGUUCUUGGUGCUGUCAAUUCUGUAUGUGGAGUUUGUCAUCACAAGGUAGAUUGAAUUUGGGGCGGGUAUUCUUG